CAACGAUGGCGGCGACGACGAGCACGGGGCAGCCCAACACUACGCUCUACAUCAAGAACCUGAAUGACAAGGUCCAAAAGGAUGAGCUUCGCCACCAGCUCUACGCGCUCUUCACCACAUACGGGCGCAUCAUCGAUAUGGUUGUUUCCAAAGCCCCACGCAUGCGCGGCCAGGCAUGGCUCGUCUUCGCCGAUCUCGCGAGCGCAACGACGGCGUUGAGGGCAUGUCAGGGGAUGGUCUUCUAUGACAAGCCGAUGCACAUAGACUAUGCGAAGUCAAAAUCCUUCGCGACAUUGAAGCGCGAAGACCCCAACUUCGUCCCCCCAACAGCUGUACAUGCGAGCCCCUUCGUCAAUGGCAAGGACCCGAACAAGCGCGCGCGCGACGAGGACACCGCCGAUACGCGACAGGCGAAGCGUGAAAAGGCAGAUGAGUCGUCCGACGAAGAGAUGGAAAUCGACGACGAAGACGAGCAACCGACCCAGCAGGCACCGCCUCCACCUCUGACUUCUUCUGCCGUGCCUACGAUCGUGCACCAAGCCUCCUCAAGAUUACUUUGCACGAAUUUGCCGCAAGAGGUUACCGAGGAUGUACUCUCUGUACUCUUCCAACAGUACCGGGGAUUGAUUUCCACCCAGGUCGUGCAAUCGCCGACUCCUGGACCCGACGGAUCGAAAGCAAAGAUGGCGCAGGUCUUGUACGAGUCGGCAGCGCUGGGAUCAGUGGCGAAGGAGGCCCUCGAUGGCUUCCAGCUGAAAAAGGGAUGGAACAUGUCGGUCGCGUACAUCUGAACACCCUCUGCUCGCUGUCCUGCGUGCUUGCCCUCUGCCGG